AUGAAACAGGAGGAUCACAAUGAACCUCGCCUGAAUGGCGUAGAUGCGCUAAUAGAACUCGAGGCGGCGACGAAGAAUGUUGCAGCGGCGCUCCAAAAGAGCGUCACCGAGUAUAACGAGUUGAUGGAGAAGUAUACCGCGUUACAGGAGAUGGUGAAGAAUGGCGCGACGAAUGUGCAGGCGAACAGUGAGCCUGGAAGUCAUCAGCGUUACGUCGUGGUCAUGAUUGACGCAUAUGAGAACGAGUUGACGGACUUGUUCCUUCGCUACGCGGAAAUGAGCAUCGCGACUCAAAAAUACACCCUCGAAGAUGCUCUGAAAGACUGGUUCAAGACGUAUCAUCCUGAGUUGGCACAUCUUCACAGGAUUGUACAGAUAUACGCCGAUUAUGGAUUCCUUUUUGCUGGUUCUGCUCAGUCGGGACAUGGCGAGGAUGGGGUAAAGCAGCGACCAUUGGCACAACUCCUUUCGACUUCGGGUGCAUACUUCAACUUCAUCAACGUUACAUCGGAGAAGGAUGUUAUCCGGAAGAUGCAAGAACCGGACUGCAUUGGCUUCUGGUUCAGCACGGACUGCUGCUCACACUUAAGCGCACCUGAAGAAUACUCGGGAAAGAUGAAAAACGUAUCGGCAGAAUUUGCCACAAUUCUCAGUGAUCUGGUGGAGGGGAAGUUGCCCUCCUUGAAUCCGGCGUAUUCACGCGGCGAGGUCACCCAAGUUCGGGAAGUUACCAGCAUCCAGGAUGUCGUGUCUGACAACAAAUCAGCACAGAGGAAGGACUCCUACGGUUACUUUGAGAACAACCGAUACGUUGCGCGCACGCCACCGAAGUCCGACAUGGAGUCAUUCAAGAUUCCUCAAAACAUGAGCUCACCCUCUAAGCCAUCUGCCAUGAUGCCUCCCAAGCCACGAGCCGGCUUAGUUCCCCUCAAUACCGCUGGCCAUCGUCUCGACCACCCCGUCCGUCCCCCUACAAGCGCCGAGCAGACCGCCUUGAAGAAUAGAACCAAGAAGGGAAAACUUUGUAGCCCAUUCUACUUGACAGGAACCUGUCCUGUAAAGUCUUGCCGCUUCGACCAUACUCCAAUCUCCCAAAACAUUCUGGUUGCUCUGAAAUACAAAUUGAUCAAGUGGCCAUGUCGGUUCGGAUGUGCAUGCAGGAGGAAAGACUGCUUCAACGGACAUCUCUGUUCCACAAAAGGAUGCAAUGGACCAGGUGGAUUUUGCAAGUUUGGCAAAGACUCACAUGGUGUGGAUAUGAUUGUUGCGCAGUGGGUGGAACCUGUGUGUGAAUGGGGCAAGCCUGCCGAAGGAUACCGCAGCAAGAACAGCGAAGACCAGAGUUCAAAGUCGUCGAUGGAGAUUUGGCCUACCAUGGGUAACUUGAUCGACAUUUGA